GGCGGGAACCGGCGGCGGCCGCGCGAGCCGCGGGGCGGGAACCGGCGCCAGCGAUGGUGCUGUGCCCGGUGAUCGGGAAGCUCGUCGGCAAGCGCGUGGUGCUGGCCAGUGCCUCUCCCCGGAGACAGGAGAUCCUGAACUGCGCGGGCCUGCGAUUUGAGGUAGUGCCAUCCAGAUUUAAAGAGACUCUAGACAAGACUUUAUUUCCAAUGCCUUAUGAGUAUGCCAUGGAAACAGCAAAACAAAAGGCCCUUGAAGUGGCUAACAGGAUGAAUGUGAAAGACUUUAGACCUCCAGAUGUUGUUAUAGGAGCAGACACUAUUGUGACAGUGGAUGGAAUGAUUCUGGAGAAGCCAGCUGAUAAGCGAGAUGCCUAUAACAUGCUAUCAAGGUUAAAUGGAAAAAUACACAGUGUGUUUACUGGAGUAGCAAUCGUUCAUUGCAGCAGUAAAGAUAUGCAUCUAAAAACAGAAGUCUUUGAAUUCUAUGAGGAAACCAAGGUUAAAUUUUCUGACCUGUCAGAGGAGCUUUUAUGGGAAUACAUUCAUAGUGGAGAACCAAUGGACAAAGCUGGUGGCUAUGGCAUACAGGCUCUUGGAGGCAUGUUAGUUGAGUAUGUUCAUGGAGACUUUUUGAAUGUGGUAGGAUUCCCACUGAACCACUUUUGCAAAAAGUUAGUAGAACUGUAUUAUCCACCCCCUAAAGAUGCCAUCCAUCAUGUAAAGCAUGACUCAAUCCCUUCAGUAGAAACGUUUGAAGGUCUAAGUGAUGAGGAAUUUGGCAGUUCAAAUUCUGCUCUACAAAAUGCGACCUGCAAGCUAGAAGGUGAAAGUGCAUCCUCUUCUGAAGCUACUGAAAGCUUAGGAAAGAAGGAAAUUGGCCAACAUGAAAUGGGAGAGCCUGUAGUGAAAUGCAGCAAGGACAUGGAAAAUCUGACCAAAUUUCCAUCUCCUCUUGUAGAGCUUUUGGAUGGCUUUAAAGCUUCAAAGGCAAUGUUUGUGGCCUGUAAACUAAAAGUAUUUGAUCUGCUGAAAGGCAAAGCCAUUUUGAAGACUAAAGAUGUUGCUGACCACAUAAAUGCAUCUGUAUGUGGGACUGAGAGAUUACUUGAUUCCUGCACAGCACUUGAAUUAUUAAAGAAAACCAAGCAAGGCUACAGUAACACAGAAUUGGCUGAUAAGUACUUGGUGUCUGAUAGUGAAAAUUCACUUCAUGGCUAUAUCAUGCAUGCCAAUGAUCAUGUUUGGCCACUGUUCACACACCUGGAGUCUGCUGUCAGAGAGGGAACAAAUCAGAAUCAUCGAGCUUUUGAGAAGAAAGCUCAAGACUUAUUUCAGGACUCCUAUUAUCACAGCAUGGAGACAAAGCUACGUUUUAUGAAUGCCAUGGAUAGCGUUAUCAAGCUGACUGGGAGGGAUGUGGCAACAGCUUUUGAUCUGUCAAAAUUUCGCUCUGCUUGCGAUUUGGGAGGCUGUACGGGAGCUUUGGCCCAAGUGCUAAUACAAGAAUAUCCAAAUCUAAAAGUGACUGUGUUUGACCUUCCUAAUGUCAUUGAAAAUGUUUCUUGUUUUCAACCUACUGGACAAGACACCAGUCGAAUAACUUUCACAUCAGGUGACUUCUUCAAAGAUAACAUUCCUGAAGCUGAUCUUUACAUUCUUUCAAGAGUUCUCCAUGACUGGCCAGAUGACAAGAUUGAUGCAUUAUUAAGUAAAAUUUCUUAUCGCUGCAAACCAGGCUGUGCCUUGCUAGUAGCUGAAAUUGUACUUGACGAAGAGAAGAUAGAUCCUCUAAGAGCUGUGCUGCAGUCCCUUAGUAUGACGGAAGGCAAACAGAGGAGUAACUCGGAAUACAAACAGUUAUUGGAAAAAUAUGGAUUCACUCAAGUACAGACCAAGAUAACAGGAAAUUUUUUGGAUGCUAUUUUGGGAUUUAAAAAAACUGCACAUACAGUGAAUUAAGCAGUUUGGGAUUUUGAAGUGCAACUAUUUUCAUAACACUGGCAUCAUAAAUAAAACCUAGUCAUCUAAGAGAAAGUCUUGAUGCUAUCACCUGGACCUUUUCAUCUUUCUUCUUAGUUCUCCUGGGCCUAAACCUUUCAAAUGCUGCAUUUCUACAUGUGAUUGGCCAUAAUGACUGAUCCAUGGAUAUACAAAUUCUCACACAUACCACUAACCAGAAGCAUGGAAUAGAUGCAAAGAAAUGGACUUUUUAAGCCCAGCUAUCUUAUCUCUUGCAAUUCAAAACAGGUACUGGACUCAUCUUGGAGACUGCAGAACUGCAUCCCUGACCAGACUAUAAAUGAAGAAGGGGAAUGUUCUUUGGGCACAUUUCCAGGCAUGCUUAUGACAAGUUUUUUUUAGAAGGCCUGUUUUUUUUUUCCUUGUAUUUCUGUAAAGUAUUUUGUGUGUAUUCACGAAGCUUUAGCCCAGUUUAUUUUAUUUUAUUUUAUUUUAUUUUAUUUUUGGUCUUGUCAAAUAAUUCUGUUACCUCUACAUUUUAUGGAAUAUAAAGUUAUAGGCAAAUUUUGCCUGAUUCUUUUCAGAAGUUGUUUUGAAUAUCACUACAAGUACCUGUUUUUGCAUUUGACAUGCCAUUUUGGAACUUAGAACAGACAUGCACUCAAUUUCAAGAAUGUUUGGUUCUUUUAUCAUUUUCAAAGCAUUAAUGCAGAAUAUUUCUGGCUUCAUCUCACCUAGUUCUGUUCAGAUAGAUAAAAUGAACUGAGAAGGUUAACAGAACUAAAUUGAGUGCAUGAUUACUACUGAUUUUUAGCUGAAGGAUAAUGACUGGAAGAAAAUACAAAUAAAUUGCCUUUGUUCCAAUAAAACCUUUCAUGGCCAUUAAUGCAUGUAUAUUUGGGAGGUUUUUGUGUGUUCCCAUUUUCCAUCUACCACUGAAUCAUAAAAUCAUAGUUGAGUAUAGCUAUGAUAACUGAUCAUUGAACCAUCAGAUCUAAUCCCCUCUUUAUUUGAAAGUCUCAGAGAAAGUAAGUGACUUGCUCAGUGUUAUAUGGUAAAUGUCAGAAGUAGAAUUUGAACUUAGGUUUCUUGAACUCUUAAGUCUACCAUUCUAUCUCUUUUAUGUCAUGAUACUUCUCAGAAGGCCAGUUUCACUCUAGCGGGAGUACAGAUCUUCCUAGAAGUAUCUAUUCCAAUUCUCUUCUGACUUUUACAUUUUCUCUAUCCUUGUGCCUCUCAAUACAUUGGACACUUAUCAUUGCCAUGCCAAGACUUUGCUGUAGUGGGCUCUUUGCAAUUCCUAACAUACAAUUUUAGGUUCUCAACAUUUGUCUUGCAUUUUCAACACCAGGAUCUGGCCUCUUGCUGAAUAAAAUGGUCUUAAAUGACAAGAAGAGAGCCAGAAGUGUGUGGCUACAAUCCUUGAACAUGCUACAGAAGAGGGAAAGGAAAGGAGCAGCUGUGAAUACAGAUGUUUACUUGAACAACACAGCUUCUGAAAUGUGGAGCUUGUACAAACAGGAAAUCUGUUAAAUGCAAUUUUAUACACCAAAUGUUGAGGGAAAAAAUCAUGGGACUUCUUGGUUGUAUUUGAUACUUUUACUAAACAUAUAUUCUUUGUAGAUUUACAAAUUUUGAAAAUCUUUUAUGAAAUUUUAUUCAUUUAUCAUUCUUAUUUUCAUUUCAACUUGAAGACUUAUAAAAAUAGCAUAAAAGUAUUCUUUUUAUGCUCUUCUGUUAACCUGCUUUGAAAGUUUGUCUUGUAUACAUUUUGACAUCUAUAUUUCUGCUCCAAUUUUUCCUUUUUAAAUGACACUCAAAUAAAUGUAUAUCAUCUCCGUAA